UCCAAAGCUCAACACGCCUGUGGUAUAGUGUCUUUGUCCUCCUUCUGAAGCAACGCCCAAAAUCUUAUCCAGUGCGUCGCCAUGAAUAGAAUCUGCAAACAAGGUGUAUGCCUCACUAGAUGAUAGCUAGGUUGAUACAUCACAUACCUACCUGUUCAGUGUUCUCCAUUGUUACUCAUGCUUUCUGCUAUUCUUCUUGUUCUUGAUGGUACUCCGUACUAACUUGUUAUACCUACACGCAGUGCUAUCCAUUGUUACUCAUGAUACAAAUUGCUGUCUAUGUAGAGAUCUUUUCAUGAAAAAUAUGUCAUGAUGUUCAAUAACGAGUUUCCUUUCGAAUUCCAUUUCAUGAUGUAUUGCCAUCUUGUCUGUUGCAGGGAAAUGUGGAAGAAACUGAAUUUGGUUGUGUUGGGUUGGAUUUCCUUAAAUGCUACAUUCGGAGUCGUCCUAGCAAUGGGGUUGUACUACUAUGGGCUGCAGGCCACUAACCCUGCUUACUCUGUUGUCUUCCUGAACCUGAUCCCUAUUGUCACCUUCGUCAUCGCCAUCGUGCUCGGAGAGGAGAGGGUGGCGCUGGGGAAAUGGCCUGGCAGGAUGAUGCUCGUGGGCACUCUGACGUGCUUGGGUGGGACGAUGAUAGUGAGCCUGCUAAAAGGGCGGCUUCUGCACCUGUGGCCUACACACCUUCUGAAAUCCUCCCACGGCGGUGCGCCGGCGAGCGGUGCUCAUCACGAUGGCAUGGUCGCCGGCACACUCUUCUUGUGUGGCAGCUGCCUUAGCUACGCCUUGUGGUUCAUCGUGCAGGCAAGUCUUGGAAAGAUUUUCCCAUCAAAGUACUGGGCGACGACGUUGACGUGCCUGUCGGGAAGCUUUCAGUCUUUUGUGGUGGGCGUGAUCCUCAACCAUGACAGAGCAGAUUGGAGGCUCAAGUGGGACCUGCAGCUUCUGACGAUCGUCUACUCGGGCGUGUUCAACACGGGCAUCACCUUCGUUCUCAUCUCAUGGGCGGUGAGCCGGCGUGGGCCGAUCUACCCUCCCAUGUUCAACUCGUUGUCGCUGAUCAUCACUACGGUGAUGGACUCGGUGCUGCUCGGCACCAACAUCCACGUGGGAGGCGUGGUUGGGAUGUUGCUGAUCACCGUGGGGCUGUACGCGUUCCUGUGGGGGAAAGGCAAGGAGCUACAGGCUGCAAUGGUGAUGAAGAAGCCGGAGCAGGAGGAGGAGGGCGGAGUUGAGAUGGCCUAGCUAGCCUCUAAUAAUUUGUUAGCAAUUCUAUAGGAUGUAUGUUAUAGGUGGACGAUGAAGUACAGCUAGCGAGAGAGCAAAACAUAACAUCUUGUUGUGAUCGAUGAUGAGAGAUUGAUGAUAUCAUGACUGCACUAGUACUAAUGUAAUUUACAACAGUCAA